CCGGCUCUUCCGGUACCGUGCAGUCUUCCCAGAACCCUCAACGAGAACCGGCUACCUAGUAGGCGGACAGAAAUGGACUCCGAACUCAAGGAAGAAAUUCCUGUGCAUGAGGAAUUCAUUUUGUGUGGUGGGGCCGAAACCCAGGUUCUAAAAUGUGGGCCCUGGACUGACCUCUUUUGUGAUCAAAGUGUCAAAAGGCCUAAGCUGCUUAUUUUUAUUAUUCCUGGUAACCCAGGUUUUUCUGCCUUUUAUGUGCCAUUUGCAAAGGCUUUAUACUCUUUGACAAACAGACGCUUUCCAGUUUGGAUUAUCAGUCACGCUGGGCAUGCACUGGCUCCAAAAGACAAGAAGAUUCUUAAAACAUCAGAGGAUUCAAAUGCUCAAGAAAUUAAGGACAUCUAUGGCCUGAAUGGACAAAUAGAGCACAAACUAGCUUUCCUGAGAACUCAUGUGCCAAAGGACAUGAAGCUUGUGCUCAUUGGCCAUUCGAUAGGCAGCUAUUUCACUCUUCAGAUGCUGAAGCGAGUCCCUGAUCUCCCGGUGUCCUUGCUCUUGCAGGAACAGUGGUGAAAAGGGGAAACAAAGAUGGAACAUGAGCUUAACCUACUUUAUUUGUGGAGACAUAACUGAAACUGAUUAUAGAGUUUUCAGAAAGACUUGUGAAGCUAUGUUUUAUCUUCUUAAAAAGGGUGUAAGCUAGAAAAUAAUGUGUGCAAUAAAUUGUCCAAAAGGUUGCUUAUUUGGGGGGAUGGUGGGAGCAGUGAACAUCUGUAUGAUUUUUAAAUUAUUAUUCAGAAGCAUUAUCUGGUUUCAAUUAACUACAUUGUUGAAAUUCCCCACCCCAUCCCCAGCCCCCAUUAAACACCUGGGUCAGUGAAUAUUGGUAGUGUGAUCCCAGCCAAAGUGUUGAAAUUUCAGUAUCUCUGGGCUGCAUUCAGACACCACAGUGCCUGCAUGCCUGAAGUUAGCAUGACAUGCUCCAUUUAAGAUGCAUUUGACAAAUAAGUUUGUGUAAGCCAGAAUGUUACAAUCCUUAAUCAUUUUACCAAAAAUAAGUUAGCUGUUAUGUUUUAUAACAUAUGAAGUGUGAUAAUAAGAAACUUGUGUUUCCAUCUCUUCUGUUAUUUUUACUGGAAUAUUUGACUCAUAAGAUUUUGAGGACAUAUGUGUAGUUUAGUAGCUAGCUGGUUUAUUUAGUUUUAUUUUGGUUCAGCUCUUUGCAAUAUUUUCAUAACUAAUUAUAGGCUACUUGGUCUUAAAUAAUUUUAAGAGACUUAUUGUAUAUGUCAGAUAUAUUGCCUGACCUGUAUUUUAAUAUACUAAAAAAAAAUUGCCUGUUUAAAAAAAAAUCUGGUAUUUAAAAUUAUUUGUUUAUCUAAACAAAUUCCAUACAUAGAAUUGAGAUAUUCUUCAUAUAUUUUGAAACUAUUACUCAAUAUAGGGAAUUUAAGGAGAAACUUGAGCAAAUAGAUAGUUGGAAGACUGUUAAAUGGUAGCUAUCAUGACUUAUAAUAAUAAACAUAAUUGUUUUUAGAGUUAUAGGAUCUUAGAACUGAGAUAGGCUUUCAGAUUUGACCCCAUCUUUCAUUUUAUCAAUGGAAAGUGAGAGAAAGGUCCCUUGCUGGGAUUCAGCCUUGGUUCUGAAUCUGGGGUGGGGUAUACUGGUAUUAGCUGUGAGUAUAAAAAGAAUCUAAGAAGGUGUCGAUGGCUCCUUCAGCCUGUGGAUGAUAGCAGUCAGCACGUCCUGCAGUGCAUACAACUGCUAUGUUCGUGUGACUCAUUGUGUUGGUGCUUCAGGAGUAGGAAACCCCUGAAAGCUCUAGCAAUUUCAGGGUUGUAUGUUGGGGUGAGGGGAGACUAAUACAGAAGGAGAAAAGUAGUAAUCUGAUCCCCACUCUCUGGAAUCUUCUUUCUCUUAUCAUCAACCCUCUAUAUGUUAAAAAAUGUGUCACCUGAUUUUGCCAGUAAAUCUUUUCCAUAAAUUUCAGCUCAGUGAUUCUGCACUGAGUCUUCGGGUGAACUUCAAGUAAUAUAACUUUAAUUUUCCUCUAAUAAUUUAUAUAACCUUUAAUGAUAACAUGUCCUCCUCUUCUAGGGAUAUCAGAUCCUUCAUAAACUUAAUUUUUUAUAUUAUUUGGCCUUCAUGUUUCCUUUGUGUGGUUGGCAAAAAUGUCUUCUCUCUGAAUGAAAUUUCCAGAUUACUUAUAAAGUCACUCCUUUAAGGACCAGAAUAUUUUUUCCAACUGGAUAAAAAUUUGUCUAAAAUAUAUUAUUUGCUUAUCUGCCUUCUUCAGCAAUGCAUAUUGACUAUGGAGGAAUUUUUUUGUAGUUAUUUAAGGGCAGUGGUAAUAACACUAUUAUUUGCAUAGUGUUGUGCCAGAAUAAAAUGUAAUGAAAAGAAAUGUACCUUUGUCCUGAAAUUUCUUAAGUGAUAGUGCUUUUUCACUUAAAAAAACUGUUUCAUAUGUGUCUAUUUUAGUUUUCCUGUCUCCCCUCUCGGUGUUAAGUACCCCUUCUCUUCCCUACUUCUAAUUUAUUGCUAUUAAUUUGCUAUGAGCAGAGAAAACUGAUAACCACAUUAUCAUCUUUUUCAGUAUGAAUGAACAGGUCCUAAAUAAAGAUAAAUGAGUAAAAUUGACAGCAUUAAAUGUGUGGGUGUUGUUAUCACUCAUAGCCUUUUUUUUCUCUUCUUUUUAGAUCCUCUAAAAGGAAGCUUUAGGGCACUUUAAAACUCAAAAUUUUAGAGACUCAAAAUACAACUACAGCUGAGAAUCUUUCCAAACUUUACUAAAAGAAUUAGAAUAGCAUGUUAAUCAUGUAUAUGUCGAUUCAGGAAUAUACCUCAUCCAUACUAGGGAAAAAAUAGCUUCAAUGUUCUCCAACAAUGAGAUUAUUGAGACUGUAGUUUACUUACACUAUUCUGCUGAACCUUCAUGUCUGCUGUCAAAGUUAGACAUGCUUGUAAGAAGUAUUCAUAUAAUGUCACUCGCUGUGUUCAACAGUUGAGAUAAUCUGGGGGGGGGGGGGGGGGGGAAUAGGAAAAAACUCAUUUGUCAUAGUAAAUUUUGUCAGAGUCCUGUCCCUAGAUUAAGUGACAAGACGUGAAAUGCAAAAUGAGGCAGUACUCUAAGGCUCUGAAUGUUUUGUGGAGAGAGAUGUUUUCUACCUUGGAAGCUCAGAAAAAGCUUCCUGGAAGAGCUUCAGGGCCACUGAAGGAGGAGUUGUAUCUGGAAGUAGAGGAUUUGAUAUGGUGGCAUGAGGAGGGUGGUGACUGUGCAUUCUAAACAAGGGGACAGCAUGAAGAGAAAUGGUUUUUAUCACUGGGCACAGAGAGAGGGCAGUAGGUGUGGGACUGGGUUGCAGCAGAGUGUGCCUGGAGGGGUCAGUUGGAUAUGAGAUUCCAGGUCAAUAGAGAUGGUCAAAAAGCUGGGCUAGGGAGUGUAGAGUCAUUUUCUGGACAGCAGAAAGCCAUGAAGGAUCUCUGAUGAUAGCAGUCAUGCAUCAGAUAAAUUAAUCUCUCCAAGAAAAGGAAAAUGAAAGGGAGGGAGAAAAAGUGCUGUAUGAAAAGUGAACAUCUAGGUGACAGGAAAGUUUACUAGUCCAAGUAAGAAAUAAUAAAGACAGUGUAAGGGAUAAAAUUGCCCAGGGAGAUUGUUGAGAAAAGAGAGAGGUCAUAGAUGUAUAUUGAGAGAAUUACUGUAUUUGCCGUAAAGGGAUGUUACAGGAUCUUUGAAGUGUUGCUUUUCUGGCCGGAAACCUGUGGCUGGUGGCUCCUUUGCCUGAGUUUUGCUCGGGCCCACUGGGCUCAUUGCACCCACUCUGCCUGCCAGGCUACACUCAGCUCAUGCUGACGACCUGGAUCACAUGCCUCCAAGGGAGACUAGAGUAGAGCGUGGAGUGAUGGGGGGUGUUUAUGAGCGGGCGUGGGGUCUGAUCACUGCACAGUCAGACAUGCUGGCUGCUGCCAUGAGGCAGGCAACUCCAGGUGCCAGCAUAGGCACCAGCUUUCUGCGAGGCUGCGGCUGGACCAGGCGCACUGCAAGCAGCUUCCCCAGCUGGCACUAGGGAAUGCAGUGGCACCCAGAAGCUUAGAGAUGCCAGGAACCACAGGGCCCCAAAGAGGGAGUCACAGCUGUGGCUCGGGGAACUCCCAGGUCUGGGCUCCGUGAAGAGCUGCAGCUUUUCUCUCUCUUCACCCGCAAUGUGGCAAGCAGUGGGCAUGUUUCAGUCCUGUUUGUGUAACAGAAACUCUUUUAGCCUCACCACUCAUCAGGUCCUGAGUUCUUGUCCUGCGACCAGGAAGAAUGAGGUAUGCAGACAAGUGGAGGGUGAGCAACACAGAGAGGAGCUUUAAUUGAGCAAUAGAACAGCCUAGAGAAGACUUGCACUGGACAGCUCCUCUCUGUAGCCAGGGUAUCCCAAUGAGUGUUCAGUUCCUAGCAGAGAGGGUAGUUCCUCUCUGCAGCUGUUCGGCCUGACGUGUAUUUAGCUCUCAGCAGAGAUGGCAGCUCCUCUCUGCAGCUGGUCAUCCCAUCCUGCAGCUCUUGGCAAGGAGGAGGCCCUAGAAUAGGCGGUCCUCUCUACAGGCAGGUUUUCCCUUUGUCUGCCUCUCUUGGCAGAGAUAGUAGCUCCAUUCUGCAGCAGGUCGUCCCUUUGUCUGUCCUCUGCCCUGCUCUGGCUGAGCCCAGGUCUUUGAUGGGCCUCAGAAGGAAGGAAGUGACCAUUAAUUUGUCCAUGGGCAGCCAUAGGUGGGUCCAUUAAGGGCACCAUAAGUCCCCCAUCCUGGUCCACGGGACUAGCAGCCUGCCCCCUUGCCUUAAGGCCCUCCAUGGCCUGAAAGUAGCGCUUCAUCAGGGAUGCUUCCCCUUCUGCCCAAUAGCCCAUCUGCCUCCUGCCAGCAUCUCUGGUGCCCAGGUUGCUCAAACCAAGGGGCAUCUGCAGGCCAGUGCUCAGCCACUCUCAGCACCCUCCCUUGACCUCCCCCCCAUGCUUGUCAGUACCCGAAGUCCAGAGAGGGCUGAGGUAGCAGGGAGCUGGCAUGUUAUUGCUGCCUCAUGUGUGCACACACCUGGUCGGGCAAUGGCAGUGCUCAGGCUUGGCCUCAACUCUACUCCAAAAUCAGAGCAGGUACCAGGAGCAGGGAGACGCCAGGCAGCGGGAGCAGUCCUCUCCAAGCCUUCAAGGGUAAGGGGAGGACAGAGAGGCCUGGGUCCAAAGCCCUGACUUGGGCUUCUGCCUGCUCCUGGCUGUAGUGGCUCCAUGGAACAUGAAGCCCAGCUGCACCCACUCACAGCCUGGGGCAGGGGCUGUAGGUCCUCGCUGGGCCUAGGCCAGUGUCAAGGCAAGGGCAGCAUCACAGGCUCCCCCAGUGGCCCUGGCAUUCAGGGGCAGCCAGGAGCUCCCCCUUGCCGGGAUUGUGACCCUGCCAAAUGCACACCUCCAGGAGUAGAUUGCAGGCCCUGGCCUGGCCAUCAGGAGUGUCAGGCCUGGUGGUCACCCUGAUGCAGGGCAGACCCUGGGGACAGAGCCCCGGGUGGCCCUGUACAGAGCCUCAUCCCAAGGCACAGGGACCCUGCACCGCUGGCUGGUCUCCAAAGCGGGCGUUGCAGUCAGCUCCCUCGGGGACAUGGGGCACAGGGGACCUACCAUCGCCAUUGCUGCUCUUGCAGCCACUUCUGCUGCCACCAUCCGUGCCUCCCCACUGCGGACGGCCUGCUGCUGCCAUCAGGAGGAGGAAGAAGUUAGAAAGAGGCAGAAGGUAUAAUAAUUUUCUAAACUAUUGUCUGCAAUCCAUUCAUGGAUCCCCAAAUCACUUCAGUGGGUUGCAACCAAUGGAUCAGUCAAGACAGACUAGACUGCACUAUAAUAACACAGUGUCAGUGGCUUUUAACAACAAAGAUUUGUUUCUUGUUCAUGAUGCAAAUCCUUUGAGGGCAUGCUGCCCCUAUGAAGAUCUCUCUAUGCAGGCUUUCUCCAGAAUCCAGAUUGGUGGAGUAGUGUCUAUCUUGAAUGUUCAAGUCCCAUGGCAGAGGAUCUAAAGGGAAUAGUGAGCCACACCUGCAUUUUCAAACCUCUUCCUGGAAGUGACAAUUGUCACUCCUCAAAUUUUAUUUGACAGAGCAAAUCAUAUGACCAAGUCAGCCAUCUAUGAGGCUGUGAAGUACAGUCCUCCCCAGAGAAUGAAAGCAUAUGUUUGUGACCAAUAAAACGGUGUUUUUAAACAAUGUAUAAUAAAAUAGAAGAAAAAUAUAUUGUAGUAAAGGCAUUAUACAAC